AUGGAGUCAAUCCAACACAAAAGUGGCGCAGUGUUAUUCGACUUGGAUAACACACUUUUUGAUCACUACCAUUCCCUGAGAUCCGCUAUCGCGUCCAUCCAGGCAAGCUACGACAGUCUCGAAACGCAAAAUCCCCAAGACCUUAUUUCCAAGUACAACAAGUCACUUCAGAAGGCCUACGACGAGUAUCUCCGGAACGGAAUCACUUACGAAGAGGCAGACUUUAAGAAGGUUCGCUUGUUUUUCGGUGAGAUUGGGCUCCCACAGCCAGAUCACAAGCAGAUCAUUGAGUUCCGGAAUAUCUACAAACCAGCAUACCGGAAUCAUCGAAGGGCGACGCCGGAUAGUGUUGAGAUACUGAUACGCCUACGCGAGAAUGGCUUCCGACUUGCGAUUGUUACUAAUGGUCAACUCAAGGAUCAGUUGGAGAAGGCGGAAGCCAUCGGAGUGCAUCACCUUGUCGACAAGAUCAUCACCUCAGAAGAAGCAGGUUGUUGCAAACCCGACACCAAACUAUUCCGUCUGGCAAUUGAGAGCUUGGGGGCGUCGGCUCAGAAAAGCUACAUGAUAGGUGAUUCUGUGGACUCCGACAUCAAGGGCGGCCUUGAAAGUGGACUCAACGCCAUCUUAUAUUCG